AUGCCGAGCGAAAGAAACGACGAAUCGGCACUUUCUUCCCGAGAAACGAAUCAUCUCUCGCGAGAAGUCGAAGACUUUAUCAAAGACACGAUUGAUCACUCGCUAGGUCUCCCGAUCUCCAUGGAAUCGCUCCAGAAAAAGCUCUACACGGCUGAAGAAUCCCAGCGCCGUCUCCGAGAUCAGUAUCUGUCUCUCGUUUCCCGAUUAAAGGAGAAAGACCAUGUAAUCGACCGAGUUAGGUCGGAAUCGAGUAUGAACGCGCAGGCGUUGAAGAAAUUCGUCGACGAGAACCAGAAAUUGGCUAACGAGUGUGGGAAUUUGUUGAAUCAAUGUAAGAAACUGGAAAGAGAAUGCUUGCUAUAUCACCAAGAUCGCGACGCGCUGAUGGAAUUCGGGAACGAAUCUGACGAGAGAGCGAGAGAAGCCGAAACUAGGGUUCGUCAAUUGGAAGACGAAUUAGCAAGAAUCUCUGGCGAAUUGCAAAACUGUAAACGCCAAAUCGGAUCCGCACAAGUUGUUGAUGAAGAGAGCAAACCAUUAGAAGAAGAUUUGCUUGAUGCGGUUUUGGGAUCAGUGAUAAGCAAAGAAGAAGCAAUGGUGGGUCGUGUGUUCUUAGAGGCAAACAUUGGAGACAAGUCGUGCCAAGCUUUGUUGAGCAAUUGGGAUCGGUUAAAGCCUUCAACGCAAAAGGUUCUGUCUUUAGUCUCAAAGGCGAAGAAGUUUGAGAAGGAAAAAGAAUGCAUCAUCUUGAAUCUCGCUAAAGCAGAGCAAGAGGUGGAGCUUGUGAGCAAGCAAAACCGAGAGCUGGAUAAAGAGAAUCGGAAGCUGUUGAGGCAACAACAAAGCCCUCUUGGUUCUGCAAAGUCAAACAAGAGGAAGAGUCCGAAGAUGAUGAGCAGCCCGAUCGAGAAGAGGCUUGAGCUUAGCAGCAGUCCUGAAGUUUGCAGGAAGCCUCUCUCACCUGUGUCCAAUAAACUCACCAGAUUCUAA